AUGCCUUUGAAGCACUGGAAGCUGAAGAAGGAUUUGCCCAAUGCUAAACCAGGACCCCCACCCCAAGGAGAAGUGGUCACCCCACGCUGGCUCCUCGGAGGACGCAGCAGACGAGCUGUCAGCCUGGAUGAGAAGGUGCCAGCACCUGCACGAGGAGAAGUGGCCGUGAUGGCUGAAGGCAGAGAGCUCAUCUUGGUGCUGGAGAGAAACCAGCUGCUGUCCCCAGGCUACACUGAGACGCACUACGCUGAGGACGGGCAGCCCGUGACUGUCGCUCCCAACCACACGGACCAUUGCUACUACCAUGGACAUGUCUGGGGGUACCGGCGCUCCUGGGUUGUUGUCAGCACCUGCUCAGGAAUAAGAGGCCUCAUUGUGGUGAGCAGCAAUGACAGCUAUUACCUGCAACCCCUGGGCACCCCGGAGCCCGGGCACCACGUCAUCUACCGAGCGGAGCACCUGCCCCUCCGCGCUGGGACCUGCGGCCACGGAGACGCCUUCGGCAGCAGCGUCGCCGACAUCGCCCGCGUCUUCGCGCCAGCGCGUCCCCGGGCCAGGAGAGAUGCCUGGAGGACCAUGAAGUACAUGGAGCUCUUCAUCGUUGCUGAUUACACCCUGUUCAGGAACCAGAAUCUCAACCUGGGCCACACCAAGCAGCGCAUCGUGGAGAUCGCAAACUACGUGGACAAGUUUUACAGGUCGCUGAAUAUCAAGGUGGCCCUGAUCGGCCUGGAGGUGUGGACGGAGCGGGACCAGUGCACGGUGACGAGCGACGCCAACGCCACGCUCUGGUCCUUCCUGCAGUGGAGGAAGACGCUGCGCGCUCGCAAGAAGCACGACAACGCCCAGCUGCUGACCGGGAAGACGUUCCGGGGCACCACCAUCGGCAUGGCCCCGCUGGAGGGGAUGUGCAGCCCCGAUAACUCCGGAGGCGUCAGCGUGGACCACUCGGAGCAGCCCAUCGGAGCGGCCGCCACCAUGGCCCACGAGAUCGGCCACAACUUCGGCAUGAGCCACGACAGCCAGGGCUGCUGCGUGGAGGCCACCCCUGAGCAAGGCGGCUGCGUCAUGGCCGCGGCUACCGGACAUCCCUUCCCUCGUGUGUUCAGCUCCUGCAGCAAGAGGCAGCUGGAGAACUACUUCCAGAAGGGGGGUGGCAUGUGUCUCUUCAACCUGCCCGACACCAAGGACCUGGUGGUUGGCCGGAAAUGCGGCAACGGCUUUUUGGAGGAAGGAGAGGAUUGUGACUGCGGGGAGGUCGAGGAGUGCACCAACCCCUGCUGCAACGCCCACAACUGCACACUCAAGAUGGGGGCCCAGUGCGCCCAUGGCGACUGCUGCCAGAGCUGCAGGCUGAAGGUGGCUGGUACCAUGUGCCGGGAAGCAGCGGGAUCUUGUGACCUCCCCGAGUACUGCACGGGCGCCUCCCCUUACUGCCCGGCCAACGUCUACCUGCUGGACGGCUCCUCGUGCGCCUCCGGCGAGGCUUACUGCAGCAACGGCAUGUGCAUGACCCACCUCCAGCAGUGCGUGCAGCUCUGGGGCCCAGGUGCCUGGCCAGCCCCUGAUGCCUGUUUCCAGGACGUGAACAUGGCUGGCAACACCUAUGGCAACUGUGGCAAAGACAGCCAAGGGCGCUACGUCAAGUGUGAAAAGAGAGACGCAAUGUGCGGCAAGAUCCAGUGCCAGAGCUCAGCCAAGAAACCCCAGGGCACCAACACGGUCUCCAUCGACACCACCAUCCGCUUCAACGGGCGGGAGGUUAAGUGCCGGGGCACGUACAUGUACACGGCCAAGGAUGAUGAGGAGGACCUCUCCGACCCCGGGCUGGUGAUGACGGGGACCAAAUGCGGAGAUGGCAUGGUUUGCAAAGAUCGCCGGUGCCAGAAUGCCUCCCUUUUUGAGCUGGAAAAAUGUGUUUCCCAGUGCAACGGCCAUGGGGUCUGCAACAGCAACAAGAACUGCCACUGCAGAGCUGGCUGGGCUCCCCCGUACUGCGAGAAGGCCGGCCUGGGUGGCAGUGUGGACAGCGGCCCUGUGCAGCGGGACAAUCACGAAGCCAUCCUCAUCUCCCUUCUGCUCGUCUUCCUGCUCUUCCUCCCGGCCCUGGCCAUGAGCAUCUACUUCUGGUAUCGGCAGGAGAACUCGCUCCUGAAUAAAUGGAUAAAGGAAAUAAGGAGGAGUCAUGACACGUACAGGAACAAAGCUGCGGGUCGGAAGGCAAACAGCAGUCAUUCCAAAGCUGCUUUCACCUUACGGGACAUUUCCACCUCCAGCCACACUAAUAAAGCAGCGCGGGCCGCGUUACCUCACAAACCCAGGCCUCAGCAGAACGGCUCCCAGCCCGUCCACAUCGUCCACCCGCUCCGCCUGGCUCCGCACCCCGUCCCUCAGGCUCCGAGAGACCCCAAGCCUGCGAGGCCACCUCCUCCAGCCAGCAGGUCACCCGCCGGCCCCACCAAAACAGUCGUGUCUCACGCCAAGCUGCCGCCUCCCAAGAAGCCUCUUCCCUGCAGCCCUGUGAGGACUCCGCUGGUUGUCCCAAAACACCAGCCCCCACGUCGGCCACUGCCUGGUUGUCCACUCUUGGCCAAAGAGCUGCCUCCUGCACGUGGAAAGACCCUUCUGGUCAUGGUUCCUCCCACCAACUUCAAGACGUCAGGUACAAGCACCACGAGCCACUCCACGAGGCCGCUCAAGCCAAUGCCUCCUCAAAGGCCAGUCCCAACCAUCAAAGUCCAAUCAGCCUCAUUCCCUUUGAAGAAAUGACAAACCACGAACACCCUAAAUCCAUCCUUCCUGAGCUGGCUCUCCUGAUUUGCACUGCUGCUGGCGACAGGGGUCUUUUAUUCCUCUCUUGUUUUAUUUGUAUUUUGAUACCAAAGGACUAUUUUUAUAAGACUGUCUGUGUAUUCAGCACAAAAACAGUAGU